AUGACCUUUGCACUCUCCGAGCCUCCUGCCCCUUCAACAUUGACUGCCGUUCCGGGCCCAUCGACCAAUGCCACUAAGCGGGAGCUGGAUGUCAUCUUUGACGCCCGGACAACGCAGAUCGUCGUCGACUAUGAAAAGAGUUAUGGAAACUACCUAUCAGACGUCGACGGCAACUGUUUUCUGGACGUGUAUGCGCAGAUCGCCUCGAUUCCCGUGGGCUAUAACAACCCAGCCUUAAUCCAGGCAGCCCAGUCCCGCGAGAUGAUCUCCGCUCUAGUCAACCGCCCAGCAAUCGGCAACUUCCCCUCACAGCACUGGCUGAAGCUCCUCCGCGAGGGUCUCAUGCGCGUCGCACCCCGCGGUUGCACUCAGGUGUUCACCGCACAGUCCGGCUCGGAGGCCAACGAGCUCGCCUUUAAGGCAGCUUUCAUGGCCUACCAACGCAAACAGCGCGGCCCGGACAACCAACACUGGUCCACACGUGAGCUGGAAAGCGCAAUGAAGAACCAAGCACCCGGGUCCCCAGACCUUGCCAUCCUUAGCUUUAAGGACUCCUUCCACGGCCGCGGCCUUGGCAGCCUCUCGGCCACCCGCUCCAAGCCCGUCCAUAAGAUGGAUAUCCCGUCGUUCAAGUGGCCGCAGGCUACAUUCCCUCGCCUCAAAUACCCUCUUGAAGAGCAUGAGGACGAUAAUCGCGCCGAGGAACGGCGCUGUCUGCAAGAGGUCGAGCACAUUCUGGCCUCCUGGUACUGCCCCGUCGCCGGAGUAAUUGUCGAGCCGAUCCAGAGUGAGGGUGGGGAUAACCAUGCAUCACCGGGUUUCUUUCAGGGACUGCAGGCGCUCACUAAAAAGCAUGGGAUCUACUUAAUUGUCGAUGAAGUGCAGACAGGUUUUGGUGCCACAGGCAGGUUUUGGGGCCAUGAGCAUUGGGAGCUUCCUGCUGCACCGGAUAUCGUGACCUUCUCGAAGAAGGCGCAGACGGCUGGAUACUUUUUUAGUGAUGCGAUGCUGCGGCCGGAUAAGGCGUAUCGGCAGUUUAACACGUGGAUGGGCGACGCCGCGCGUGUCAUCAUAUCCAAUGCUGUUAUUGAUGAGAUCCUCUCUAAGAAUCUGGUCGAACACACUGCGCGUAUCGGCGAUAUCCUCUACGAGAGGCUCGCUGCUUUGUCGACCAAAUUUCCCCAGCUCAUCUUGAAUCUCCGAGGCAAAGGCAGGGGCACGUACAUUGCCUUUGACACUCCGGACGCCAGCUCCUUGCUCAAAGAGAUGCGCAAUGCCGGAAUCAACGUUGGAAGCUGCGGUGUGUCCACUAUUCGGCUACGGCCGAUGCUGAUCUUUGGGGAGGAGCACAUUCCUCUACUGUUAGAUGGAUUUGAAAAAGUGUUUGCUAAGUUAGAAAAAUAG